GCCAUGGCCGGGAUCCUCUUCGAGGACAUCUUCGACGUGAAGGACAUCGACCCCGAGGGCAAGAAGUUCGACCGCGUGUCCCGCCUACACUGUGAGAGUGAAUCCUUCAAGAUGGACCUCAUCCUGGAUGUGAACAUCCAGAUAUACCCCGUGGACCUUGGGGACAAAUUCCGCUUGGUCAUUGCCAGUACCUUGUACGAAGACGGCACCCUGGAUGACGGCGAGUAUAACCCCACGGAUGACAGGCCAUCCAGGGCAGACCAGUUCGAGUACGUGAUGUAUGGCAAGGUGUACAGGAUCGAAGGGGAUGAGACCUCCACGGAGGCAGCCACACGCCUCUCUGCCUACGUGUCCUACGGGGGGCUGCUCAUGCGGCUGCAGGGAGACGCAAACAAUCUGCAUGGGUUUGAAGUGGACUCUCGAGUUUACCUGCUGAUGAAGAAGCUGGCCUUCUAGGAGGCCUCCUGCCUCUGUGGGCUGCUCCAGAGACGUUCUGCUGACAAGCAAGCAGAAGCCCUAUGACCCCAAAUCCUGCCCCAGCUUCUGUGCUGCCUGGUCCCUCCGGAGCUGGGGGAGGAAGGGGCAGUCCCACUCCUCAUCCUGGCCUCUUCUGACUCCUGCUGGAAUCCACAGCCCCCUCCUGCAUGGAGAGAGGUGCCUGAUGGCCAAGGGGAGACCGUGCUGGGGGCUCUGCGGUCCGGCCUGCUGGGCGUCUAUUCCCACCUCUGCCUUCCUGUGCUUCAAAAGCAGGUUCAGCACCAGCUCUGGCCAGGGGCAGUGGGACUGGGACAGCCAACCUGUCUGCCUUGGGGCUGGGGACCGCUUCCUAAGGAGCUAUCCUGAGGCAGGCGGAGCUUGUUCUUUAUUAAACUAGGAUGUGU